GAAGCCAAAAAUCUUACAUCAAAAAAGUAUAAUGAAAUGAAGAUUGAUUUAGAAUCGAGGCAAAAACUUGACGAUCCUAUCAGUACUCUUGAUUUCAAAUGCGAAGAAUUUAAAAAAGGUGUUGAGAGCAUUCGUGAUUUGCUUGGGAUCGCUUAUCAUCCUGAUUCCAUUACAAUCUUAAAAGCCUGUUGCAAGUUUAUUGCUAAAAAUCUUUCAAACGAAGCAAUUCAAAGGAAUAAUAUUAAGGCGAAAUCUAAUCCAAAUUUAAAUGUAAUGCCACUAAAUGCUUUUGAAAUUGGAAUGGCGGAAAGCAAAGAUAAACAAGUAAACACUGCAGCACGAGCUUUGCGUCUUGUUCAUUUGGAAAAUCUUCGUGAAGUGCAAACUGAAGUAAAUGAGGCAAUAGUUGCGGUUCAGAAACUCACAGCUGAUCCGAAGACUGAUGCGCGUCUUGGUAGAGUUGGUUUUUAA